UGACUUUAUUUUUGGUUUUAAGUUGCCAACAUUUACGCCUUCUGGGUUUCGCGUUCAAUCCGUUCGGCUACACAGUGUAGUUAGUUGGUCCAAUUAGCAUUUCGGUGUCGCUGUGUUUGCUUAUUGGAAUAUGACAAAAUCCAACAAAGCGGUGCAAAAUAAUAAGAUAAAAAAAUACGCAGCAGUGGCAAGAAGCAGAAAAAGCCGCAACGUAGCGAGAGAGAAUUUCCUUCGCGUUUCAUUGAUUUUUCCCACUGAAUAGGUGAGAAAAGCGAUGCGUUGAGAGAGAGAGAGGGAGUGAAAGAGAGACAGGAAAACAAAGGAAAAGGAAAAACUUGUCUCGGCGUGACUGCAAUUCAUAAUUAGAUGGCCGCCUGCUGCAAUUGCAAUAAAAACAAAGGAAAUUACAAAAACAAAUGGAAAUACAAAACGCAAAACCCAAAACGGGUUACACCCGCCACCCUCGCUUCCACAAAAAAAGCCACCACCAAAACCAAAUUUUGUCUCUCUUUCGGCCACCAACAAAAAGUUGGGUAAAAAAAAACAACGAUAAUACACCAACAACAACAAAGAGAGAACGUGGGCAAAACGACGGAAAUUUAGUUGUAGCUUAGGUCGAAAUUUGGAGACCCUACGUUUCGAAGGGUUUUAAGAACGUUUUAAAGAAAUUUCGAGUAUUCUCAAAAUACAUUGUAUUUAAUUACUCAAAUGAAAAGUUACUGAUAAUGAAAAAUUAUAUAUUUGUUAUCGAUUAAAGAUAUGGUUUAAAACAAAUCUAAACCAAUUUAAACAUAAAAUCGUAAAAAGAUUAAUGGAAUUUCAAAUAUCACAAUCCGAUUACCGUUUUGAUAGACAUCCACUUGAAAAAAAUUCUGGUCACAUUGUUUUUAGCCGCAAAGAGAGGAAGUUCACCUGGCGGUUCCAUGGAUCUUGCUGAUCGAUUGAACGCGUGACUUUCAUUUCCAACUGGCAUUGCAUCUUUAUUUCGUAACGAAAUUACCAACAUUUUUCUCUCUCUCUCCCGCUUACUCUCUUACCGGUUAUCCCCCUGCCCCCUCUCGGUUGGUCAUAAAAAAAAGCAACUACAAAAAGUGGUAGCAGCUCAAAGCCAAAAAGCAAAGCAAAUAAAACGCAUGAAGACUCGCUCUCGCUAUUGGAAUUUUUUUUUGUUUUCUGUUGACGUGCAAUUAACAAAGUGGCCGCAUUCAAAAAUCCGAAGACAGAACUCAAUAUUUAAUAAAUAUGUGCAAUUUCCAAAUAAAUAACCAAGUAUUAUAUCAAAAAUAAUGCAAAAUUUGUCAAGUGUCGGCGGCCAAAGUUGCUCAAUAUGAGCCUAAAAAGGAGCAGCGACCACGACGGCGAUAUUGCUGCCCCACAACAACAACAACAACUGCAACUGCAAGAAGAGCAAAUGAAAACCGGAAAAGUGCAGCAACACAAAUAAUGCAUAUAUGAAAGAAAAGAAAAAAUCAAAAUAGCAAAAAGAAAUCCAGCCAAAAAAAAUUAAAAAUUUGAAAUAAUUUUUUCCUCCCCUCCAAUUGCCUGGCAAUAUCUAAUUUUUUAUAUAUAUAUAGCAUUACUAUCAUCAUAUAUAUUUAUUAUAUAUGUAAAUGUAUUAUAUAUUUGUGUAUCUGUGUGUGUAUUUUCGUGUGCAUUCCAUCCAUUAAUUCUAUAACUUAAUCUAUAUAAAUAAACAAAACACAAAAAAAAAAAAACAAAAAAACAAAAACCGAAAACAAACAAACAAACUAAAUCGCAUGUGAAACGCGUGAAACAAAUAAAUAAAUAAAUUUGCAAUUUGCGAAUUGCAAUUUACAAUUUACACACCCCGUGCAACAAACAUAACAAUCUGAACCACAAACCGUGCACCAAAAUGGCGGACAUCAUGCGUCCGCCGUACAGUGAGAUAAAACGGCCGGACGAAAUCGUCAGAAUGACAACCGCCGACAAUCUCAAGUUCGCCGUCCUCAUCGGCCUCAUCGAGGUUGGCCAGGUGACCAACCGGGAGGUGGUGAACACCGUUCUGCAUUUGGUGAGUAAACGUAAUUUUCUUUGGCCAGAAAAAGAACACAUUGAUGUGCAAAAGUGAAAUCCUCUUUGAUGUUCCAUGCGGUUUCUUCACCCGGGGAAAUCUAUGAAUAUGUGUAAGGGUACCUUAAACCAAUUUUUUUUUCGGGAACUAUAUAAUUUUUUGUGGUAAGUUCGUGCAUCGGAAGUGCCAGAAGUUUGGCAAACUUAGGGAUAUAACUGAGCAAAAGGGCAUUUCGCUAAUUGCUUCAUUAAAUGUUUGCCUAAUUUCGUUCGAAUUAGCUGUGUGUCCAGAGCAGUGUCUCACGCACACCGACACACACACACCAACACACACACAGAGAGACACGCACAGCAUCUUAUUUGUGCUUAAUGACUGCCACUCGAAAUACCCAUUAAACCCACCCAA